AUGGACCAGCGUGGACCAGCGUGGACCAGCAUGGACCAGCAUGGAGCAGCGUGGACCAGCGUGGACCAGCAUGGACCAGCGUGGACCAGCAUGGACCAGCGUGGAGCAGCAUGGACCAGCGUGGAGCAGCAUGGAGCAGCGUGGAGCAGCAUGGACCAGCGUGGAGCAGCAUGGACCAGCGUGGAGCAGCAUGGAGCAGCGUGGACCAGCGUGGACCAGCAUGGACCAGCGUGGACCAGCAUGGACCAGCAUGGACCAGCAUGGACCAUCAUGGACCAGCAUGGACCAGCGUGGACCAGUGUGGACCAGCAUGGACCAGCGUGGACCAGCAUGGAGCAGCAUGGAGCAGCGUGGACCAGCAUGGACCAGCAUGGACCAGCAUGGACCAGCAUGGACCAGCGUGGACCAGCGUGGACCAGCAUGGACCAGCAUGGAGCAGCGUGGACCAGCGUGGACCAGCAUGGACCAGCAUGGACCAGCGUGGACCAGCAUGGACCAGCAUGGACCAGCAUGGACCAGCAUGGACCAGCGUGGACCAGCGUGGACCAGCAUGGAGCAGCAUGGAGCAGCGUGGACCAGCAGGGACCAGCGUGGACCAGCAUGGACCAGCGUGGACCAGCGUGGACCAGCGUGGACCAGCGUGGACCAGCAUGGACCAGCGUGGACCAGCGUGGACCAGCGUGGACCAGCAUGGACCAGCGUGGACCAGCGUGGACCAGCAUGGACCAGCGUGGACCAGCAUGGACCAGCAUGGACCAGCGUGGACCAGCGUGGACCAGCAUGGACCAGCGUGGACCAGCAUGGACCAGCAUGGACCAGCGUGGACCAGCAUGGACCAGCAUGGACCAGCAUGGACCAGCGUGGACCAGCGUGGACCAGCAUGGACCAGCGUGGACCAGCAUGGACCAGCAUGGACCAGCGUGGACCAGCAUGAAAUGUUCAAAGGAUGUACAGAUUGACCUCCACAGACAAAGUGCUAUGGGUUGGCAUGCCCUGCCCGACGGACCCCAGUAUGUAGAAUAA